AUCGCAUGCAAUUUAUCGUCCAGCAUGUCUGUACACGAAUGAAACCAAGAAGUCCAGAUUUGUUUGUGUUCAAAUGUUCCAAUCUACCAUGCUGGUGCAAAAGCUAAGCGGAAUCACUUUAUUGCUGUUGCUGUGUCAACAUGCAUGUUUCCUCUCUGCAAGUGGCAAUGCAAAACGAUCAGUGACCUGUGAAGGAGACUCUGCAUCCCUCAGCUGUGGCUCUAGAUUCAUAAAUGUCCUUCGUGCCAACUAUGGACGGACUAAUGGCAGAACUUGCUCUGCUGGGAAACCUCCUGGGCAGCUCUCAAAUGUUCACUGCUCCUCAGAAACAUCCCUCCAAACGAUGGCCACACAGUGUAAUGGGAAAAAAAGCUGUUCUGUUCAAGCAGUGAACUCCGUUUUCAAUGAUCCCUGUUUUGGGACCUAUAAAUACCUGGAAGUAUCUUAUGAAUGUCUCAAACCUAAGCAGCACAUAACUUGUGAAGGUUUCAGAGCUGACAUUACCUGUGGGAAAGGUGUUAUUUCCGUUUAUUAUGCCAAUUAUGGACGGCGGAAUCUUGCAACCUGUCCUCAUAAAUUCGCAACUUCAACCCACUGUAACUCUGAUCAGACUGCGCGUAUGCGUUCCAGGUGCAAUGGAAAGAAGUCUUGUCAUGUACAAGCUUCAAAUUCGGAGUUCUCUGAUCCAUGUGUAGGGAUCUAUAAGUACCUGGAAGUGACCUAUUCCUGCAUACGAGUUUAGCAUGAUCUGCAUCAGGUGAUUGAAAUGGCCUGGAAGAGCAGAAGCAGCGUCCUUUUCUUUAGCACACGAUUUCUGUUUCUCUCUUAAAUCUGCUUUGAAAUGGUUUCUUUCAAAAAGACUCCUACAAAUAAACUGCUGUUGACAUGAAA